AUCAAUGUUGAUACAGGUUUUUUAGACACUGUAUGGAUCUUAAACUGGUUGUAAUUACAGAUUUACUUGUUCGUUUUCAUGUCAUGUCAAUCGUAUAUACCUGAACAGGUAAUAUUGAUAAAGAUCUAUACGUCUUCUCCAGAUUGUGUCUCAUUUGUAACUUAUACAUUCAAGACGUGGAUUAAAUAUUUUCGUGGAUGACUUUAUCUGUUAAUGCCCAAAAGAAUGCAGUGUUUAUGUAAAGGUUUACUAUAUACUAAUCAGGAUUUAUAAGUUUAUAAGCUUAAUUGUUCGAUCAAGACAGACGUAUUGACAAACAAUUUGUCUUCGAUCAAUACUCCGUCUAGCAGAAUAAUCUUCUUCUUGUGACAUUUUGCUUUAUUUUCAUCCUAAUCAAAUGUAACUUUGAUAUCGCCGUUUGCUCAAAGUUAUUGACACAAAAAGUGUCGUUAGAUGUUCGUUAGAGCGUGUGAAAUUCAAACCAUUUAAAUACCGUAGAUUUUUAGUGUAUUUGUUCCGACCGUGAGUCAGUGAACCACCGUAGUUUUUUCAUUCAUACGACGGUUGAUCAGACAUCUUUAAGUUUGUAGUACACCGUGUGACAAGGAUAUCUACACAAAUAUGUACGACUCUUACCUGUGACAUAAACAUUCUUUUAAUAUUACCUGUAUGUGCAAUAAAAGAAUAAACGAGGGAGCAGAGAGUAUGGCAAUAAUAAAGACAUUUUUGUGUUUUUCAAAUACAAGAGUUGGAACAUUAAUAUGUGGAUGCUAUACUCUGAUUGUCUCCCUUGUGUGCCUUGUAUUUUACCUUUUCCGGUACGUUGGUUACCAGUUAAUACAGGAUUCCCCAGAAUAUAAAGGGAUAGUAUAUGCUGGUUUUGUGUUGUAUGGUUUAAUGAUAACCACUUCUCUAGUCCUUAUACCCGGUGUUCAGUUGGACAAACGAUAUUUAUUGUUGCCAUGGAUAUAUAUGUUAAUUUUAAAUGUUUUAUAUGAAACUGGUUCUGUGGCCUUACUCACUACAGUACACAUGGAGAGAGAAAAGACGCUCCAUGCGUGGGAAAUAAUAUGGGUUUUCUUUUACUGUUUUAAACUUAUAGCAAACUGUUAUUGUUUUGCCUGUGUUGUCUCACAAUACCAAGAGCUUUCAGAAGGAAGAGGAACAUAUGAAUACCUAUACAAGCCAAGAACACAUCGGUCUCACAGAUGUCGACAAGAUUUUUCAGUUGAAACAUUUGAACUGCCAUUCGGAUAUCACUUGCCUCCUUAUACAGAAAGUGAUCCGAAUAAAGAACUAAAUCCACCAAAUUAUGAACAAAUAUAUCCUCAACCCAAAGAGGAACCAAUAUCAAAUCAUUCACAUACAUUUAAUGUGCAAUCAAGCAAUAACAAUUGUUAUCAAGUAACGGUGGAUAUUGUGUGGAUAUGAAUAUAUUGUAUGGAUAUAAUGUGGAUAUAACUUAAAUCAAGUCCAAGUGGAUCUUUGGAUAACUUGAAGUUUGUGCUGUUCGGAAGAAGGUUGCAAUAAGCAUGAAAGACAGACGCAAAUUUUGAAGAUGAGUGCUACAUAUACGUCGUCAAAACAAUGUAGCUUCAUUGUGAUAAAGGGAGGCUGUACCAUCUGGUUCACUACUCAAGCCUUGUGGUAUAUGUAUACAGAAACUGACCACAGGCAACACAAGAAUGGAUAUACUACCUACCGAGCAAUUACAAAAAGUUGGCUUAUAUUUUGAAGAUAUCAAUGCCUCUUAUUGCCUGUCCCGAAAAAUGUGAUACAACUCAGAGAAAUAGAGUAAAUGAGUUAUAACUUAUUAUCAAGAUGUGAUCCGAAUGUGUGACAAAAAUCUGUGCAUAUACGACUGUUUCUAGUCAAAAUUAUUGUUAAACAUUUUGUUUUUUUAUAAUUUAAAUGAUGAUGAUGCUGCAUUCUUGAACUGGCUAAACAAUGCUCAGAAAUGUUUUCUGAAAGUGCUUUAAUGAAGACUCAGGGAAUAAGUGUUAUAAUCUAGAGAUUGUUCUUCUAACACUGAUUUGUAAAGGUUGUAAACAAUUUGUGUACCAAUAAAAUAGAUGACUGUCUUUAUAAACAGUAAUGCAUUGUCAAAAGCAUAAUUGAUUUUUAAGAAGAUUCUGUACUAUUGUGCACACUUGAAGAAAACCCGAAGAAACAAUAUCUGCCAGUUAAAGAACAUUACUGGUGCCAAUCUCAAGAAUUCAUUUUACAAUGAAUUCUUUCUUCAGUUGAUGAAAUAAUAAAAAAGAAUCAAAAUAUA